CCCCCUUUCUUCUCCCCUCUCUCUCACACACACAAUACACACAGUGAGAUAAAAGUUGUUUCUCCACACGGCGAAAUCAAAGCGGGUUCACGGUGUUCUUCUCAUUCUCCAUCUCCUACACUCACCGCAUACAAACACACAGUAAAUACAAUACAUACAUGCUUUCUCUCUCUCUGUCUUUCUUCACAAUUAAUUUGAGACUCUUGGUUUUUCUUUCUUCAUUACAUAGAGGAAUUGCCCCGUAGAAUCCAAUCGCACUGAGAUACCCAAGGGAAAAAAGGAUAGAGGCGGCUACUUAGGGUUUUUUCGGGUGUUGUUUUGAUUUAACGGUUAAGGGUUAGUUUAAUUUUCGAUAUUUUCUCGCCAAUAUUACGAAUUUAGAACACCCUUUUCUUGAUUGUUUACGGUUGUGUAUCGGACGUACAGAACCUAGGGUUUCGAUUUGUUUUGUCUGUUUGUGACGCUUUUUAAAUUUUAGGGUUUGAUUCUUCUCUGUAAUGGGCUUGAAGUAUUCAUCAAGAAGGGAUAUAUUUUGUGUUUCUCGAUGAUAUAAGACGGUUCGUUUUGUGCUAGUGCUGAUUGAACUUAUUUAUAAGAUGAGGGUCUUGUAAGUUCGUUCAGUCUUGAAAUAUGGAUGCUUUGAACCUUGGUAAGGCUGUUAGUCUCUGUUCUUGAUUGGGGUUGGAAUUCCGGUAAAUACCAAGGGUGGAGGGACAAAAUGAGCCCUGCCUAACUGUGUACAGGAUAGAUUUUGGAUUCUUUUAUCUGAUAAUAGUGGUGGUGUUGAAAGGUUUAGAAACAUAGAUAGCAUUUGAAGCUCUGGUUUUCUCAUACGAGCUUUGAUUGCUGGAAUUGACUACUUAUAUUGGUUAUCUGGAUUCCUUAAAUGGAUGAGGCACACAUAGAUUUUGUUGGAGGGAAAGACAGAAGGGUAUGAAUAAUAAUACUCGAAUGCACAUAUCUCCUUUGUUAUUCUGUUCUUAUGAUGUUCAGCACUAACUAUGGAAAGAAGUGAGCCAACAUUUGUACCUGAAUGGUUAAAGAGCAGUGGAGGCUUAAGCACAACAUCCCAUCAGCUUCAAUCAUCUUCAUUGCACUCUGAUGAACAAGGUGUAUCAAAGGCCACAAGAAAUAAAUCGUUUGUUAACAUCAGUGAUAACGAAUUAGGACGCCCUUCUGUUUCAGAUAGGACAACUUCCUCAUACUUCCGUCGCACUAGUAGUAACGGUUCAUCUCAUUUAAGGUCUUACAGUAGUUUUGGUCGGAACCAUCGUGAUAGGGACUGGGACAAGGAUAUACACGAGUUCCGUGAAAAAGAAAAGCCAGAUGGUCGGCUUCGUGAUUAUUCUGAUCCCCUGGGUAACAUUUUACCAAGUAGGUUUGAGAAAGAAGGGCUAAGGCGUUCACAUUCAAGUGUAUCUGCAAAGCGUGGUGAGUCAUGGCCCAGGAAAGUAGUAGUUGACUCAAGCAGUGCUAACAAAAAUAGCCACAACAAUGGGAGUGCUUUACGUUCUGGUGCUGGUGCCAUUGGCAGUGUCAAGACUGCAUUUGAGAGGGAUUUUCCAUCUCUUGGAGCAGAAGAAAAACAAAUAGAUCCUGAGAUUGGAAGAGUCCCAUCUCCUGGAUUGACUACUGCCAUUCAGAGCCUACCAAUCGGUAACUCAGCUGUGAUUGGCGGUGAUGGGUGGACCUCAGCACUGGCUGAGGUGCCUGUGAUAGUUGGAAGCAAUGGAAGCAACACCUCUGUUCCACCACCUCUUCAAUCAACAUCAAUCUCGGCAACUGCAAGCAUGGCGACUGGUCGCAAUAUGGCUGAAACUUUGGCACAGGGUCCUCCUCGAGCUCAGACUGCUCCCCAGUUGUCUGUUGGAACUCAAAGGCUUGAAGAGCUUGCCGUUAAGCAAUCCAGGCAAUUGAUUCCCAUGACUCCUUCCUUGCCUAAAGCCUUGGCUUUGAACUCUUCUGAUAAACCGAAAUCAAAGGUCGGGCAAUUACAGCUUCAGAGUUCUCAUCUUGUCAACCACACACACUCCCCCCGACCAGUAUCUACAAAAUUUGAUGUUUCAAAGACAUCUAGUGUGGGGAAACUUCAUGUGCUUAAGCCAUCACGCGAAAGGAACGGUAUCACUCCAAUUGCAAAGGACAACUUGAGUCCAACAGGUGCUAGCAAAUUACCAAAUAGCCCUCUUGCUGUAACCUCAGUUGUUGGAUCGGCUCCCUUGAGAAACCUAGGUAACAAUCCAGCGGUUGCUGUUGCUGUUAAGCCCGGUGUAGCUGCUACACUGGAGAAGAGACCCUCAUCACAAGCCCAGAGCCGAAAUGACUUCUUUAACCUUAUGCGGAAGAAAUCUAUGACAAACAACUCGUCGCCUGUUACCCCUGAUACUGGUUCAUCCAUCUCUGCCGGUGAUAAGCCUACUGCAACCGAGGGUGGGAUUGAUCCAGCGGUGGUAGAUGGGUCUGGUGGGGUCCAAGUGUCUAGCGGCAACAAGGUUGAUUUGUCCUCCUGCAAUGGUGAGGCAACCGAGCGGUCUAACGGAAAGAACAAUUCAAGCUCUGAUGCAAUUAUUCUUUAUUCGGAGGAAGAAGAAGCUAGAUUCCUGCGUUCACUGGGGUGGGAAGAAACUGGUGAGGAGGAGGAAGGUCUGACAGAAGAGGAGAUAAGUUCUUUUUACAGAGAUGUAAGUAAGUAUCUGAAUUUGCAAGCAGCCUCCAAGAUCUUUAAACCCAAGUUACUGAUGCCGCGAAUGGGGAACAAUGGUGAUAUUUCGUCCGACUCUAAGCUGGAAUCUUGAAGGAAAGAAAGAAAGGUCUUGUUUUUGGGUUAUUUUUUUUUUAUUACUUUUUACUGUUUCUUGUUUGAUGAUGAAGAUGAGUAGUGAGAAGAAGGGAUUUGGAAAUCCUUGCAGUGAGUCAGAGGGGGGAUGGAUGAGUGAAUAGGAAUAAGUACAUAUGGGUUGAAUCCCCAAUAGCUUCUUGUGUUUCUUCUUCCUCUAGACCUGUGGGAUUUUUAAAGAUAAAAAAAAGAAGAGAAUAGGAAGGAAAUUUGCUUUCAUUGUGCAAAGAAAUCUGGGUUCUUUGUUGGUUUUGGUUAUAUUUUUUCCUUGAGAAGGGGCUUAAUUAAACGA